AGCGUUACUGAUGCCAUUGACUGGAACUUCGCGAUAGUUGAGCUGCUGGAAAAGCAAGGUGUCGACUUACGUAAAGAGAUGCAGAAUCGUCUGCUGCAAUUGGAAGAGCAGCAUCGGCGUGAAAAGGAAGAGGCUAACCAUUUCUUUGCUCAACAGCGCAAAGUGAGUACAUGCCUCGCAAGUUAA